CCAAGUCGUCAUACGCUGACGUCAACAAUCACACCGCAUCUAAAGGGAAAGUAUUCCACUAUUCCUUGCGUAUCCCAUUACUCGAGACCACGCUACCUAUGAUGCUCCCUCAACCACCGAGUCCCACCCCCCACCUUCCGGCCUCAACAGAACCGCCUCAACCGCGAUUCAAAGCUCAAACACAGAAUCCCUAAGGAUAAUAAUCGCACCAAAAUGGCAACAAAAACCAAACCAUCAAUUCUCGUCUUAUCUCUUCUCAUCAUCAUCAUCAAUAUCUUUUCAUCUCGGCCGUCGCUCGCAUCAGAGCCGUCCAAUUCUCCCUCCUCCUCCUCCUCUUCUUCCUCCAGAUGGGCCCCACGCUUCUUGGGCAGAUUCUCACAGCCACCGAAUCACAGUCAUCGUCAUCAACAACAACAACAAAAAUACCGGUACGAAACCCGAUACUUUUCGCAGCGGCUCGACCACUUCAGCUUCUCGGAGCUCCCGAAUUUCCCGCAGCGGUACCUCAUCAGCACCGAGCACUGGGCGGGCCCUCAACGCCGUGGCCCCAUCUUCUUCUAUUGCGGCAAUGAGGGCGACAUCGCGUGGUUCGCCGCUAAUACCGGCUUCGUCUGGGAAAUCGCUCCUCGCUUCGGCGCCAUGGUCGUUUUUCCUGAACACCGAUACUAUGGCGAGUCUAUGCCGUAUGGAAGUAGAGACGAGGCGUACAAGAACGCCACUACGUUAUCCUAUCUCACGGCCGAACAAGCCCUCGCCGAUUUCGCGGUGUUGAUUAGGGAAUUGAAGCGAAAUUUGUCCGCCGAGGCUUGUCCUGUCGUGUUAUUCGGUGGAUCCUACGGUGGAAUGUUAGCGGCAUGGAUGAGACUCAAGUAUCCUCACGUUGCCGUUGGUGCGCUUGCUUCUUCGGCACCGAUUCUUCAGUUUGAAGAUAUUGUGCCUCCCGAAACAUUUUAUGACAUUGUUUCCAAUACUUUCAAGCGUGAAAGUACCAGCUGUUUUAACACUAUAAAGGAGUCAUGGGAUGUAAUAACAUCCGAGGGUCAGAAAAAUGAUGGCCUUCUGCAACUGACCAAAACGUUCCGCUUAUGCGGGACAUUAAAAAGCACAGAAGAUCUGAGAAAUUGGUUGGAUUCUGCUUAUAGUUAUUUGGCAAUGGUGAACUACCCUUAUAGUUCUGAGUUUAUGAUGCCGUUGCCUGGACAUCCAAUAAGAGAGGUUUGCAGAAAGAUGGAUGGCUCUCCUACUGGUUCUAGCAUUCUGGAGCGCAUAUUUGAAGGAGUAAGCAUCUAUUACAACUAUUCUGGAAGCGUUGACUGCUUUCAAUUGGAUGAUGAUCCUCAUGGCUUGGAUGGUUGGAACUGGCAGGCAUGCACCGAGAUGGUUAUGCCAAUGUCUAGUAGCCGGGAUGUGAGCAUGUUUCCAACAUAUGACUAUAAUUUCUCUUCCUUUCAAGAUGAAUGCUGGAAAGAUUUCAGGGUGAUUCCCAGGCCUAGAUGGAUAACAACGGUGUUUGGUGGACAUGAUAUCAAGACCGCCCUGAAAAAGUUUGGAAGUAACAUCAUUUUCUCAAAUGGCCUGUUGGAUCCCUGGAGUGGUGGCGGUGUCCUGCAGAAUGUAUCUGAAACUAUUGUUGCUCUUGUUACUAAAGAAGGAGCACAUCAUAUAGAUUUACGUGCAUCAACCUCAGAAGAUCCUGAUUGGUUGCUAGAGCAGAGGGCAAUUGAAAUCAAGUUGAUUGAAGGGUGGAUAAGUAACUACUAUCAGGAAGAGAAAGCUAUUUUCAACAUGUAGAGGAAUGAUUGGUGGAUGAAGAUCUUUCUUGUAAAUACCUCUUUCGUCUUGUUGUAUGUGUUUUCCCUGCUGGCAUCACCAGAUGAACAGUGUGACUUCACUUCCCUCUUGUCGGGGCCUCAAGUUAAUCAGUUGAAGUUUAACUGUAACUGGAUUUUUCGGUGCAUCUAACCCGAAAGUGAUAUGCUUAUUAUUACGUAGUCCCUAAUUUUCCUUGUCCA